AUGGCCUUUUCCAAAGAAUCUUCGAACUCUUCUGAGGCCGAUUCAUACCAAAUCUCAAGGCUUCAGAUGCGCUCCGCUAUCCUUACGUCUCUCGCUGCACCCCAAGAGAGAUCACGAGACGAUCCGCCCUCCCCGCCUCCGCAACCCCCACCAAGCCCAGCAAAUUGGGCCUCCAGCCCUCACUUAGAUCUGAUCAGCAACCCCCUUUCGUUGGACAUGUAA